AUGAAGAGCAAAGAAGAGCUUGUACCUACUCUUCCACCAACCACGUGUGAGAGUGGGAUUUCAAUGCAGCUUUUCCUUCAUAUUUCUCUAUUACCAGCGGUGAUAAUUAUUGGGGUGCUUUCUUUUCUUCAGAGGCGGGCAGUAAAAUUGUCCAUUGACCACAAACUACCCUUUUUAGAUGGUCGAUUCGGGAUUGUUGUGCCUUUGGACACAAUUGGCAGCUUCAGUAACCGUUGGUCUUAUGGUUUUGCCUUUGGUGCUGUGUCCUCAAGUGUUCUACUGCUUUUCUCAGACCAAUACAUACCUUUUGAUGUCCCGCCCUGGGCCAGAGCUAUUGUGUAUUUGAUUGGGGCAAUGGAAGUCGGUGUGGCUUACUUUCCUUUAUUUGCCUGUUUAUCAACAAGCUCUCGAGCAGUAGGAGCUGCCCUUGGAAUACUUUACUCACUUUGCUGGAUCAUUGUCACUGUUUGGGAUACGUUCACCUGUCCUGGUGGGAAGAUUUUGGCUAUCCGGAUACACCUUCAGUUGGAACAGGACACAGAGGAGUUGAUGCACCUUCACCAAAUGCAGCAUGUUAAACGAGUUCUCAGAAGAACAUCUGGGUUGACGCAACCACAAAGUUGGUUCCAGAGAAAGUUUUAUGUGUGGGAUGCACAUUUCAAGUUUCCUAACAGGCUCAUUGGCACUGCCAUCAUUUCUGUUAUUGGUUUAUAUACGAUGACGCUAGCCGACUAUAGUCUCAGUACAGUCGCUUUUGGACAAAUCGACAAAUGGAAAGAAACACUGAAGUAUUUGACGCUUUCAUGCAAUGACACUCAAUCUAUUGGAGCAAUGAUUCCAGACAUAGAAGAGCUGAUCGAUGUUUCAAGAAAGUGCUGGCUCGCAACCACUAUUUUUGCAAGUCUCAACUCAGUGGCUUACACCUGCCAUGUUCUUGUAUGUUACAGGAAACAAAUGAUGAGACUGUGGAAAGGUCAGAAGACUUUUAUACCAGAUAAAUUCCUCAACACAAGCUCAGCUGUCAGUGUGGCUUCAAUUGCGAGGUACUCCGGAUGGCAGAUUGCUUUUACUCUUUGGGGUUACCUGAUCGUCCAUUUUGUCCACUUCCUGUUAGCCUUGACGUUUGUUUACAUCUUUAUUCUCCCCAUUCAACAUGGACAGAUCCUGGCUUCGCUGAAAAACAGUGGAAUCAUAUUAUUAACAAUUGGUAUAGUGAUAUUCCUUGUGGUAAUUCAAGUGGUGUUAGUGCAAAUAUUCUUCCUCCAGGACAAAAUGUCACCAACUGAUGAACAUAAACCAAUAGCCCUAAAUAAUCGGAAGGCGUUCCACUGCUUCAACUACUUCUUCUUCUUCUAUAACGUAGUUAUGGGAUUCAGCAACUGCAUCUUCAGGCUGUUAAACAGUGUUAUCGUGGGGACGUGGCUGGUCUCCCGCAUUGACCGGACCAUUAUGCAGAGAGGAUAUGAACAUAUGGAUCCAGGUUAUAGAACUUGGGUUGGAAUGAUCAUUGCUGAUCACUAUCACACCAACCCAGUGAUGGUGUGCUUCUGUCAGCUGCUGGUCUCACACACUCUGGAGAGACAAGGCUUAUCAGCAUACUCCACAUUCAGCAACUCACCAUCUGAUCCUUCAGUAAACAACAAGACCCGCAGGCGAUGGGCAUUAUUUUAUACUUUAUUGAGAAAUCCUCACCUGAUUUUACUGCGGAAACACCACCUUACUACGGCUUCAUGUUUAACGACUCCCCAAUGCACAGACACAGUGGUGAAGGCAGUGGUCCUGGCCUCUCAGUCUCAGAGGAGUGGAGCUGAGAUCCAGGCACACCCAGCCCCGGAGAUGGACACGCCCGAAGGGAAGAACCUCCCACCUGCGAUGUAG